ACUCUAUUCUUUCAAUCUUCUACUCCUUUCUACUCUCUCUCUUUCCUUCUCUUUUUCCUUUUUCUCCUCGUCUACCAAGAGAAGUCAGAGCCGUCCCGUUCCAUGCUAACUCGUAGCAGUACCACAACCAGCAGCAGACCAGCGGAACAGAAUACUUGUUCUCUACUCUCAUUCUCUCCCUCCUCCUCCUCCUUUAUCACACUCGCUCAAGCGGCAGGAGCCCACCACUGGAGAAAGCUCCAUUGGAGAUAUGGAGAGCAGUAAGAGAUCUAAGCAGCAUAGAGAGUCCUCAUCCUCCAAACGGGACAAGAAAGCCUCCUCUAGCAACAGAGAUUCACAUUCUGGAGGGAAGAAGCAGCAGGCACCAAGAUUUGGAAAUCUGAUACCACGUAAUGAUGAACUAAAGCACUUAGCUACAAAUAUACUAGGGGACUAUCAUUCAACCGUUGAGACCUUAACACAGGAUCAUAAUCGACUGAUGGGUGUCGACCGGACCCUCCCCAUCACACCUCUCCCUUCUUCUCUCUCCUCCUCCUCCAAUCCUUUCGAAAACGCAUUCAGAUCCCAUGUCAAUCGUCAAACCAAAGCCCCGCCCACUUCUCUAACGAUCAAUUCACACUUUUCAAACGAAGAGCCAUUACCUCACCCUCUGUCUCAGGCCGACGGGUCUGGAUCUCGACAUUCAAAGAAACGAAAGAAAAAUCAAAGUUACAAGAAAGAGCCCGAGCCUGCUGCUACUGAGCAUGCUCAGUUCGGGAGUCUGCCAAAGUCUGCCAUUAAAGGAGAAGAAAAGAAAUUAAGGAAAUUGAAAAAGGAGAAGUACGAGUCUUUCGACCACGCCUCUUCUGAUCACGCCACGUUUCCGAGUCACGUCACGUCAUCCUCCGUUGUCUCGUCCGGUGGUCACGUGAGCUCAGGGUCGUUGGAAGCACCUCCUCCUCCUCCUCAGCUACGCAAACCCAACAAACUCUUUAUAGACACUUCUUCCCUCGACGCAUCAGAUUUACAAUCUAUUAAAGAUUUGAUUCACCUUCCUCCAUUCAUUACCCCUAUACACACUCCUUGCAAGAAAUUAGAUAAUCCAUUUCACUUCCCUUCCUCUCAAUCCUCCACUGCCUCUCUUCCUAAUGCUACGAGCAGCACAUCAACCCUUGCUACCACUACCGUCAUAAUGGACUCACAAAAUGCACCCAACACACUUCAUGGCAAUCCAAUAACAAGAACCAGUUCCCAUCAGUCUGGCCCUGGUUCUAUAGUCCCUGAUAUAUUAGGUGACAUCAGUAGCAGUGAAGACAACACCAGCAGCUCAUCAGAAGAUGAGGACGAGGAAGAGAGUGAGGGAGAGAGAGAGACAGCUGCCCCUGGAGCAUUUAGUGAGAACACUUCUUCAAUGCUGGACCAGAUAAGACGUGAGUUGAAUCCUUCCCUUAACACCAUAACUCCAUUGAAGUCCUCUCCACCCACUCUCCACCGCUCCCUGUUGCUACCGGCAACGGAUGAAUCCGCUAAUCUAUCGCCAGCGAAAUUCCCGCACCCAUUCCCCCCACCACCUUCUUCCACGGCUCCGUCAAAUGCUAACGAUCACGCAUCAAGUGAUUCUGAUUCAUACUCUGAUUCUGAUUCCGAUUCUGAUUCGGAAUCGGAAUCAGAGUCUCAACCUCUCCAGUCCGAGGCUGCCCAUAACUCGGUUUUGUCCGGUGAGGGAAACACCCAACCAUUCGACCCCGCCCAACAUUCUUCGUUUGACCACACCCACACUCGGCGACAAGAAUCGAGGCCCUUUACAUACGAGCCCGAAAGUGCCACGCCUACACCUACUGGAACUCAAUACGCACUCGGUAAUUUCAGUCAAUCUCAUUCCGGCCACGCCCAUCAGCAGUCGCAUGGUGAGAGGGGUUCGUCUCAUCCAAAGAAGCGACGUCAUUCUGAGAACGCUCGGAAAAGGCGUCAAAAUGCGAGUCAUCAGGAGAGAGAUGACAAGAAGAUUCAUUUGUCUGAAGUCCAGGACUUUUCUAACAGCAGGGUAGGGAGUGAUGAUCCAACGGCAUACAGGCAUAGUAAGCCACACCUCUCUGAGGGGAGGGGCAAAGAUGUCUCGGAACUUGUUGUUCAGAUUUCUCUCGCUAAAGUUGAAGUACCCCAGAAGACUAAGCCACAGGCAACAGUAGGUCCUUAUCACAUAUCAGACAGUAAGAGGACAGGAUCAGUUUCUGAUUCCAGUCACUCUUAUCGAGAUACUUAUCAUCACAGUGACCACAGGGGCUGGUCUAACGAUUACAGCCGAUCUCAUAGAGAAGGAGGUGGGGAGAGGCAUUGGAACGAAACCCCGCCCCCUGGAAACCGACCUAACGAUGAGCAUUGGUACCACGAAAGCAACUCAACCAAUGAAAGAAGCAGACAUGUCAAUCCUCAGCUUUAUUAUGAGAGGGCUAGAUCACUCAAGAGAGAAGCUGAUUCACUUCCGCCUAAUGAUGCUGUUCGUAAAGCUUUAAAGUACAUGGAAGCCGUGACUUAUUUUAUGAGGCAUGGCUACUCACAGGAGACUGAUUUAAGUGUAAGUGGCAGCAGCAGUAGAGGUGGAGCUUACAAGAUAUACUCGGACAUUGUUAACAUGGUCAAGUACUGCUCUAAAAUGGGGAGCGAAUGCAAACCACUACUGAUACUAUGUUUAAGGUGUCAUUCUGUGUUACUGUGGAGGAUGUAUACUCUUAGGCAGUACAAUGUCCACCAGCUCUAUAAGGAAUUACAAGAUGUCUUUAAUACUUCUUCUAAGCAUCAUCAAAAGUCUCCGGUACCUUCUGGUAACUUCUCUCCAUUGCCAUCUCCUACUAGUGUAGGGAGUACAGCAAGUUCAUGCAGUGUACCAUCCGCUAGUGAACAGUCUUUGACUAUUAAUAAAAGCUCUUGUUCUAAAGUGAUGGAGUACUUAACUCUAACCAAUCAUGUCCAUCAGUCAGUUGAGCUCUGGAGACAGUCUGACUCAAUGUCAAGUCAGCAUAAAGAUUUUUUUAGUAACAUUACCAGGAAGAUGGGAGAUAUUACACAGUUCAGCUCAUUAACAAUAUUCACAGAAUGGAUGGAGAACGGAUUACAACACAUUAGCAGAAAUGUGUAAAGAUUAUUAAUUAUUUAUUAAUAUAAUUUGAGAAAUGUAAUAUCGCACCUGCUCUUGCAUCAGUCAGUAUUAUUAUUAUUAUUAUUAUUAUUCUUAUUAUUACUAGUAAAUGAUAAUGUAUUAUAAAUGUGGUAAUAGUGUUGUUAUAAUUUUUGUUAUAUAUAGAAGAGAGAGAGGCACCAUGAUGUGUGCAGCUGUCAUGAGAUUUAAUCAUUAUUUCUUAUCAAAUUGAAUUAAUUAUCACCUCUCCUCAUAUUAUUAUUAUUAUUAUUAUUAUUAUUAUUAUUAUUAUUAUUGUUAUUAUUAUUAUAAAUGCAGACUUUUAACAGCACUAAGAGGAUUGUAUCUACAGUGAUUAAUUAA